AUGGCCACGUCCGUGGACGAUCCUCUAGUGGAUCCAGACACUGGUAAGAAAAUAGAUUUCUACAAGAUCCUUGGUCUAGAGACGUGGCCUGGCGACGGGGAGGCUAAGAAGGCCUACUAUAAAGCGGCUAUGAGGUUACAUCCAGACAAGAAUAGAGACAACCCUGAGCGUGCAGAAAUUGUCUUCAAAUAUUUGCAGGAGGCGUGGAAAACCUUAAGUGAUCCUACAGAACGGGCGUACUAUGAGCGUAAUCGCGAGUUGAUACUCUCUGGGGGCGUAGAAGCAGACGAGUUCUAUGGCGUUGAUACCUUCGUGAACCUAGCGUCUUUUCGUUCCUCAAGCUGUUACGACGGGUUCGAUGACUCUCCUCGGGGAUUUUACACCGUCUAUGCAUUGCUAUUCAAGACCCUUGCAGACGAGGAGCUCCGUGCUGCUAAGCGUCGAAUCGAAAUUAAGAGUUACGCUGACAAUGAACUUUCCAUGUUACAGCGGCGUAGCUCUGAAGAAAGUUACCCGCAAUUUGGUCCUUCUGACGCGUCAGAGGCUAUGGUCUCUUCCUUCUACAGUUUUUGGAGUCGCUUUCAAUCUGUAAAAGAAUUUCUGCACGAGAAUUACUAUUCUACUGAAGGGAAUUCAAAGUAUAGACGGUUGGCAGAAGGAGAAAACAAAAAGUUCCGUGAAGAGGCAAGGCUCCAGUUUUCCAUUCGUGUAAGAGACAUGGCUGCAUACCUUAAGCGUAGAGACCCGCGGGUAGAGGCUUACCAAGAAAAGCAGCGCCGUCAGAGCGUCGAAGCACAACAGAAGCGUGAGGCAAAGAUACAGCAGAUCCAAAGGGAACGUAUAGCGAGCAAGCAAGCACUGAAGGAGCAGAUCGCCAAACGAAUAUCCAUCCUAACAGAAAAGGUAAACGACGGGACUAUUACCGCCCACGAAAUGCUGGAGCUUGAAAGCAUGGCGUCUACUCAGCCCCUACACUCAGAUAAGAUAGCAGAUGAAUUUACAGACCGUAAGGAAACUCCCAUGAAUGGUGGUUCCCCGAACAAAUCUCACCACUAUCCUGGAUCAUUGUCAAAGGAAUUUAUUGCCCAAGGUCUUGCGUUCGAUAAGGCCACCGGCAAGUUAUUCUGUAAGGUAUGCAAUCAGCGCUUUCAAAUGGAAGGAGAGUUCAAGUCUCAUCUAACAAGUAAGAAGCACCGCAAUGCACAGAAGGAAAGUGCAGCUACCGAUGCACCAACGAAGGCUACUAUCAAUUCUGAGAAUGUGGAAAGAACUGAGCCAAGAAAACGGCGCAGAGCAAUCCAGGAAGGUACCCCUGACGAAAGUAUUGAGAAGGGGGAAGCUUGUGAAGGGGGCUCAAAGAAUUCACAUCAGUGUAAGAUCUGCAAACAGCGGUUUGAGUCCCGAACAAAGCUAUUCAAGCACAUAGCGGAUACAGGGCACGCGGCGCUGAAGCAGAGCUAA